UAUAUAUAUAUAUAUAUAUAUAUAUAAGGCUAUGCCCUGCUCCACUCAAGCAAAAGCCUUCUCUCUUCUUUUCCAUUCCUUUCAUUUAAACUAACUGUUUAAGCUUGGAAAAUGGCUGCUUCCUGUUUUUACGAUGUAUUCUUGUCUUUCAGCGGUGUUGAUUCUCGCAAGAAAUUCACCGGCCACCUCUUGGCUGCUUUGGAUCGCCAUGGUUUUUAUACAUUCAGAGAUGACACCAAACUCAAAAGAGGAGAAGAAAUUGGUCCCGGAUUGCUCAAAGCAAUUGAGCAAUCUAAGAUUUCCGUUAUUGUAUUCUCAGAAAACUACGCGUCCUCAAGUUGGUGCCUUGACGAGCUUGUCAAGAUCAUGGAUUGCAAGAGCACACUCAAUCAGAUUGUUAUUCCCAUCUUCUAUGAUGUCCAACCCUCUGAUGUUCGCUCACAGAAGGGUUGUUAUGCACAAGCAUUUGCCCAUCACGAAAACCAUUUCGACUUGGAAUCGGUGAAGAAUUGGAGAUCAGCUCUAGCUAAGGCUGCCAAUUUGUCUGGCUACGUCCUGCAAAAUGUGGCCAACGGGUCUGAGUCAACAUUUAUUGAGACAGUUGUGGGAGUAGUCGCAGAUAAAUUAAAUCCUACCUGUUUAAGUGUUGCGGACUACCCCGUUGGAAUACACUAUCGUGUACAAAAAUUGAGUGGGUUUCUAAAGUUGGGGUCAAAUAGUGAUGAUGUUAGGAUUGUUGCCAUAUGGGGGAUUGGCGGAAUAGGUAAGACCACAGUGGCUAAAGCGUUGUUUAAUCGCAUACAUCGUACUCGUGAGUUUGAAGGCAGUAGCUUUCUUAGAGAUGUUAGAGAAACUUCGAUGCAACCCAACGGCCUUGUUAAAUUACAAGAGAGCCUUCUCUGUGAUCUCCUGAUGGAUAGAAAUCAGACAAUAAGAAGCGAGGAUCAUGGAAUUGAGGUGAUAAAACGACGAGCAUGGUGUCGAAAGGUUCUUCUUGUUCUCGAUGAUGUGGAUAACAUCCGCCAAUUGAGGGCAUUAGCUAUAAAUCGUGAUUUGUUACGUCCCGGAAGUAGAGUCAUACUAACAAUUAGAGAUUUGUCUUCAACAACUUCGCUUCAAGUCGAUGAGGUGUAUAAGAUCGAGGAGUUGAAUGAGGAGGAAUCUCUUCAACUCUUCAGUUGGCAUGCCUUUAGGAGAGAUCAUCCUGUAGAAGACUAUGAGAGCCUCUCUAAGGAAGUAGUGAGUUACUCUAAGGGACUUCCUUUAGUUCUUGAAAUUUUAGGUUCCCUUUUGUCGAACAGAGACAUACUUGAAUGGAGAAGUGAAUUGGAGAAGUUGAGAAAGAUUCCUCACAAGGAUGUUCAAGGAAAACUCACGCUAAGCUUCGAUUCACUUGAUGACAAACUAAAGGGUUUAUUCUUACAUAUUGCAUGUUUUUUUGUUGGAAUGAACCAAGAUUUGUCAAUCAAAAUAUUAAGAGGUUGCGGUUUCUUUCCAGAAUCUGGAAUUGGGGUUUUAUCUCGUCGUUUUCUUGUCAGAAUUGAUGGGUAUAACCGGCUGGUGAUGCAUGAUCUUAUUCAAGACAUGGCUAGAGAGAUCGUCCGCCAAGAAUCUCUUGAAGAGCCAGGCGAACGUAGUAGAUUGUGGUAUCAGGAAGAUGUUCUCGAUGUAUUGAGAAAUAACACAGGGACGAAAGCAAUUCAAGGCUUGGUCCUGAACUUGCCAGAAUCGGAGGAGCUACAACUAAACGCGAAGGUCUUUACAGAGAUGGUGAGGCUGAAAGUGCUUCAUCUCAAUUAUGUCCAUCUAAGUGGAAGCUACAAACAUCUCUCUAGAAGACUUGUAUGGCUAUGUUGGAAAGGAUUUUCUUUAGAAUGUAUACCAUCUGCCUUAAUUUUGGAUAAUCUGGUUGCUAUUGACUUCAGCUAUAGCAAACUCAAACAAGUUUGGAGAGAAACAAGGGUUUUGUCCAAAUUGAAAUACCUCAAUCUCAGUCAUUCCUAUUUAUUGAUUGAAACUCCGGACCUCACGGGAUUCACAAGUCUUGAGGAAUUGUUGCUUAAUGAUUGUACAAAGCUGGUAGAGGUUCACCGAUCUAUUGGAUGUCUACAAAAUCUGGUUAUCUUGAAUCUGAAGAAUUGCAAGAACCUUCAGAAGAUUCCCCUGAGCAUUUUUAUGUUGAAGUCACUCCAUUAUUUCGAUCUGUCCGGCUGCUCCAAGUUAGAGUGGCCAGCAUUUUUUCAACGAUCGUCACCUGAAUCAAGCUUUAUGUCGUUACAGUUAUCAAGUAGCAUGAGGGAAUUAUAUAUGGAGAACUGCAAUAUAACAAAUGUGCCCAGCGAAAUUGGUAGUUUGGUGUCCUUGGAAGUCUUGGAUCUCAGCAGCAACAAAUUUUCUAACUUGCCAACGACCAUCACUAGCCUUCGGCUACUGAAGGGUCUCAUGGUAAACCAAUGUAUUCUGCUUGAAUCAGUUCCAGCGCUUCCACUAAAUUUAUCGGGAUUGAUGGCAAACGAUUGUACAUCAUUGCAAAGCAUACCAAUGGAAUCAAAAGCAGCAGAAUAUCAAUUGCUGUCUUUUUAUCGUUGUCCCAAAUUAGUCGACAACAACGUUGCAUAUAAUUUUAGAAGAAAUGUCCUCAGUUAUCAGGUACUGCGAGAACAAGAGUUGCAUAUUAUUCUUCCCCGGAGUGAGGUUCCUAGGUGGUGCAACUACCAGAGUGGGGGAUACGUUAUACGUUUUCGGGUGCCUCAGCUAGUGAGUCGGACAAUACAAGGGUUUAUUUUAUGUGCUGUUCUUUCUUGCCGCGCGCGCCUCAAUCAAGAUGAUGAAACCUGGUUCGAUCUUGACUCUUGCGUUUCUAAUAGAACCAAAAAGUCUAGGGGAGGAAUUGGUGCACCAACAGUUAGUUUCUAUCCGGAAAGUUUCGAAGAUCAGAUGUGGCUCUCCUACGUACCAAACCGGUGCCUUGAAGAUAAUUCUUUUGGCUUCCAUUCUUAUUAUGUAUUGGACGCCGGAGAUGAAGUGGAGAUGACAAUAAGAACAGACACGAGCAUAGGAGAAACUCUUUGUUGGGUGAAGCGGUUAGGGGUUAGUCUGGUUUAUGAGGGCGAUGAGAAGAAUCCGGACUCAUAUGAUACCUCACUUCACUCAUUCACUACGGCCUUAGAUAUUAUCCGGAUUCCUCCAGAUGAUGGAACGGUGCCCGAUGAAGAUUUUAUAAAGGAAUAUGGUCACCUUCUCCAAAUGGGCAAUAGCGCAGCAGGUAGGAGGUACAGAGGUGUGAAUCUGUUUAACCUUCGGAAAAAGAAAAAAAAAAUAAAAAUCAUGGUCAGAUUUAAAAAAAAAAAAAAAAUGGAAUGAUUUGAGAGGAAUUAUAUGUGAGAAAGUAGUAAAAAAUCUAUGUUUUUAAGAAUUUUAGUUGUACAACGAAAUGUCAAUUCGGGAAAUGAAGGAUUGAUGCCUCCCUUAAAAGUAUUCUGGGAUUUAAUUAUUAGGAAAAAGAAAAAUUGCAAUUUCAAAACCAAAUUAAAUAACCAAAGUCUUCAUAUAAGAAUCAAAUUAAUUGCAUUACGUAAUUAGUAUUAAAAAUUUAAAAUUUGCAUACAAUUCAUCUCUUGAAACACUAUGGAUUAAUAACAUUAUAAUUUAAAAUGAGGUGUUAAACUUAAGAUGUUUUUUUUUUUUUUUUCUUCGUAUAAUUUUUUAGCUGGUGUAAGAGUCCUUUGAUCACGACUCGAGUGUAGACUGUGUAGUGACCUGACGACUUUCCUAAUCUUUCAUUGGUGUGAUGGAUCCUAAAAAUGGUAGCGGAGAUUGUGGUAUAUGAUUCAUAACCAUAAGCAUAAAAUAAAUAACUCACUCUAAAAAAGCAUGAGAAAACCGCUCCGGAGUAGCAAUGAAGCAACCACUUUAUUUAAAUAACUUUAUAAUAAUUAACAUUAGAUUUGUGUCCAUGAAUCACUUCCCAUAACUAGAAUUACAUUGGAUAAUAAACUGAUAAUUGUGAUAAGUGGUAUCUUCUUUACCUUUCAAAGUAGAUGGUGAGAGUUUAAGUCUCCAAAUGAGCAAAGUGCAUAUGACUUUCUUCCAAAAAAAAAAAAAUAGACUAGUAAUUGCGAAGCAGAAGCUAUGAACCUUCACACUAAGGAACAAUAAAACAACUUCAAAUUCAUAAAGUUUUGGCAAAGAUAAUUUUGAAAUAUUAUUGAUGAAAACUAAUAAAUACAAAAUAUAAAACGAGUUUUUAGGGUCUAAACUUAGCUAACUUUAUUUUUAAGCAGAACAAUUUGAUGGUAUAAGAUUCCUUUACCAUGGGCAUUUAGUUAUCGCAUAUGGUUGAAAUUACUUUAUGAUUGAUUACAAGUAGACAAAAAUGAAAGAAAUUAUGAAGAGUUAUGCAUAUGAUACUAAUUCUUCUUAAUAAAAAGCUAAAUAAGCAUAUAAAUUGCACAAUAGCUAAACAAGCAAAUAAAUUGGUGUACAGACACAGACAAAAUAGCAUCUAUAUAUAAACUAGAAGUCAUACAAUAUUUCACAGUUAAUUUCAACAAUAAGAUGCAGAAAUAUAGGAUCUCGAGGACAAAUACUCCGAGAACUUCAAUAAAGAAACAAUAGAGUUGGUGUACAGACAGUGAUGAUAAACAGAGCAUUCAGUGUGGGACUUCAUACCAAAUAUGAAUCAGUAAUAUCAGAAAUAGACUUGUGGUUUCUAAUAUUUGAUUGUUGGGAUUGGCGGAAAAGGCGUGGAGGUCUCUUUUAGUGGUUUCCCAUUAUUUUUCUUUAUGUCAGCAUUUCAACAUGUUAACAUAAUUAGAUUAUAUUAUAUACUACCAUAAUUACAUUAUAUUAUAUAACCGUUGUAGGCUGUAUAUCCGUGUAUUUAUAUGUCCUGCUUUGUAUCAUCAUUUACAUAAUUCAAUACAAUAUCAAUUCAUAUAUCAGUUUUACAUCUCUGUCUCUCUACCUCUUAUAUUUAACAUGUAUUAGAGCCACCGCCGGAGAUGUCGGCAUAAGCCACAUCUUCGGCGCCGGUCCGAGGUCCUCAAUUAAGCCAACCUCUGUUUCCGCUUAUCAGUCGCACCUACCGGCGCUCAGCACUGCCGGACUUGCAAACCAUUUUCACCGCUGUCACAUCCUUGGUCGCUACUGCCGAGAGCAACCUCGGCGACACCGAAAUCGACACCGGCUCUCUCGCCAUUGCUUUCGCCUCCAUCAACCCAGACUGCCUGUACAUCUCUGCCAUCAAUCUCGCCAUCAACACAUCCGAACACAUCGCCACCGCCAACUGCCGAUCAAACGAUCAACACAUCGCUGCUCCUCUCUGUCAUCAAGCUCACCACCGCCCACUGCCGAACCAUCCAGCUGUUCCUCGCCGGUGCCGCGAACCGUCCGAACCAUUCAGCUGGGCACCGUCGCAGGUCUGUCACGCCGCCCGCAUUGUAUCAUUUCCAACAGCCGUCAUCUCCAUCUUUCCCGAACUCAAGCUUGCCGCCGUUCCAACAGCCGUCAUCGCCAUCUUCGCUGAAAUCAAGCUCAUCACACAGCCGCCGGAUCUGUUCUCACAGCUCUUUUCUUGUCUCCGCCAGAUUCGCCGCGAGCUCGAUCCACCAUAGCCGGAUCUGUUCUCACCGGCUCUUCACUGCCAUCAACAUCCUCAAGCUUGCCGCGCUGCAAGUCCAAGUCCAAGACCCAGAUCUAUCUCGCCGGCCAUCUCCAUCCUCACAGCCGGAUCUGUCUCGCCGGCCAUCUUCAUCCUCACGGCCGGAUCUGUCUCUCUCGGCCCUCCAACAAACCAUCCCCUCCGUCACCUCCGUGGCCGACAAGUCAACACCCAUCCCACUGUCUCUCUCUAAACCAAUUCUUCUCUCUCAGCCACACCACACCACACAAAACGUAUACACAUUGCAACAAACCAUCUGUCUGGCAGUUCGUUUUUUGAAAAAAAAAAAAGACCCCAAACAAUGCUCCACCCACAGCAUCAUUGUUUUUUCCUUAAUUAUUUUGUUUCCUUAUUUGGACUACCAAAUCAUAUUUUUCAGAUCAAAGGCCCAGUUCAAAUUUUUGGUCCAGUUUAUUCGGCCCUGUUCAGUUCAGUAUUUUGGCCCAGUUCAUAUCAGCCUUGGCCCAGUUUCAUAUUCAAGUUCUAUCCUGGUAUCCCUCUAGAAUUUGAGGGGGUGUAUUCCAACCUGUUCCAGUUUUCGGAGUACAGCCCGCCUAAUUUCUCAGCAUUGAUCUGGCUCUCUUUGAUGCGCUUCCAAGCGCCUUGUAAUCGACGCUUCUAAGCAUCCCUGGUAAUCGACGCUCCCACGAGCGCCCCUGGUAAAUCGACGCUUCCGAGCGCCCCUGUUAAUAGACACAUCCGUGCGUAUCUCAAGUAGUAAAUUCCACUCUAUGAUUCCACUCAAAUAUUAGCUUUCAAGAGCUCUCUCAAGGCUACCACACUUGCCGUACUUGCUGUAAGUGGUCUAUCAUGUGCUUCUAAGCAUCUCAACGUAUCGGAUCUUCACAACUCCGGUACCGUCUUCCGCUCCAGAUUUUCUCUCCAAACUCAAGUUGGUUUAUGCUCUACCAACUUAAGUUUGAGGGGGAUGUUAACAUAAUUAGAUUAUAUUAUAUACUACCAUAAUUACAUUAUAUUAUAUAGCCGUUGUAGGCUGUAUAGCCGUUAUAGGAAAGUCUAUUUAUAUGUCCUGCUUUGUAUCAUCAUUUACAUAAUUCAAUACAAUAUCAAUUCAUAUAUCAGUUUUACA